AUGGGUUCUUUCCCUCGGAAGGUCCCUCUUUCGCUUCUAUGGCUCCUUGUCUGUGCACUGCUGCAGACCCCCACCUCCGCCAUCAGGAAGGCAAGUAGCACUGAUCUGGCCUUCCUGGUUUUUCUUUUUAUUUUUUUUCCUCGAGCCUCCUCAUCAAUCCCUAUACUGAUGGGUUUUCUGUUCUCCAAUCCAGUCGUAUAUUGUGUAUAUGGGAGGCCAUCUUCACAGCCGGAAAGAGGUGUCCUCGGUACAGACGGAUGUGCUCACAGCAUCCCACCACGAGUUCCUGGAAACCUUCGUGGGCAGGUAACUGAACGUUCAUCCUGCAAUAUUAGGCAUAUGUUCUCCAUCCUAGGAUCAGCUCAUUUUUAGUCAACCUUACCCAUUUCUUGGGCAUCGAUUGAUGUUGCAGCAAGAAGAAGGCGCGAGACGCCAUCUUCUACUCCUACACGAGGCAUAUCAAUGGGUUCGCUGCACAUCUCGAGGAGGAGGAGGCGAUAGAGAUAUCUAGUUGGACUCUUCGACCGGCCUCAUCCGUCUCUUUUCUAUGGCAGCUCUAAACCGCGGCCAGCUUAUUAUCCUUCUCUUUUGAUAUUCGUAGAGUCACCGGGAGUCAUGGCCGUGUUCCCCAACGAGAAGCAUAAGCUGCACACGACGCGCUCAUGGGAAUUCUUAGGACUAGAAAGCGAAGGGACUGUCCCUGAGGACUCCAUAUGGAGGAAGGCGAGGCUCGGGGAGGACACAAUCAUUGGGAGUAUUGAUGGCGGUGAUACACCCCAACCUCUAAUCUCGUCGCUUUGUUUUCCCCGCCUUGUUACUCUCUCUCUCUCGCUAUCUAUCUAUCUAUCUAUCUAUUUGUCUAUCUAUAUAUCCAUCUCUCUCUUUAUCUUCCUAUCUGUCUUUCUAUCUAUCUACCUAUCUAUCUACCUAUCUACUUAUCUAUCGAUCUAUCUAUGUAUGCAUCUCUCUCUCGCUCUAUCUAUCUAUCUAUCUAUCUAUCUGUCUAUCUUACUCAUUAUCUGAGAGGAGACUAGUGGCUCCAUUAAAACAGCGCAAAACUUCUCUUCUACUGGGCUCCUCACCUGAUUCUGCGCAGGGGUAUGGCCGGAGUCGGCAAGCUUCGACGACGAGGGCUUGGGGCCCAUCCCGUCGAGGUGGAAGGGGGCUUGCGAGAGUAGUCCCAGCAAUUCUAUUCGUUGCAAUAGGUAUGUUCGACUCUUCAAAGUGUUGACCUCGAAAGGUCUUCUCUCCGGUUACAACUUGAUCUUUGCCACUACACGCAAGCAGCAGCAUCGUCAUUAACAUCGCCAUCACCGGCAACUCAAAACCUAAAGAUAGAACGUUAGAGAGAACUCCCAAUAAAUGACCAGUUACCGUCACCGGCUUGGCCACCGUUUUGCCUCCAUCCAUACAUCGCCACGCGGUUGCUCUUCCCACCCUGUGCGCCAGUGCUACCAUGGUCACAGCCACGCAUGAUUUCCUGUAAACAUGAUUUCGAUUUAACAUAAGGACGAUUCGGAUUACCUAGAGAAGGUUGAGGUUUUGAUGUGAUGUUUUAGUAUUUCCGUCAAUGAGAUAAACAAAUGCCGUGAUUUCCAUGAUCUAGGAAGCUGAUUGGAGCUAGGGUCUUCUACAAGGGUUAUAUAGCCGCGGGGAGAACGUUAACUGCCAGCCAGAUCACCUCCCGCGACUCUGCCGGCCACGGCACCCACACCCUUGCCACCGCCGCUGGCCGGUUCGUGCCUGACGCCAGUCUCUUCGGCUUCGGGAACGGUACGGCCAAGGGUGGGGCGCCCAGCGCCCGGGUGGCGGCCUACAAGGUGUGCUGGGGCCCCACAGAGAGUGGAGACUGCUUCGGUGCCGACGUCCUGGCCGCCUUUGACCAAGCUAUCGAAGACGGUGUAGACGUGCUCUCGGUAUCUCUUGGCCAUACAGCCGGUGACUACAUUAGGGAUGGGCUGGCCAUCGGGUCGUUCCACGCCGUGAAAAACGGGAUCACCGUGGUGUGCUCCGGCGGCAACUCGGGUCCCAGUUGGGAAACGGUGGAGAACGUCGCGCCGUGGAUCCUCACGGUAGGAGCCAGCACAAUGGACCGGCAGUUCAUCUCCUACGCCAUCCUCGGAAGCGGGGUACAACUCGAGGUUGGGUCACCCCUGAGAAUUGUUCCUCAGUUCUUCGUUCCUCGGUCGUCUUCUCGAACUUGACUCCGUCGUCUUCUCCAUUCGUGCGUGCUUCCUCCAGGGGCAGAGCCUUUCCGCCUCCAGUCUCCCGGCGAACCAAUCCUAUCCGCUGAUCAGUGGCGCCGGCGCUCGAGCUGCGAAUUCUACCGUCGGCGAGGCGUAAGGACGACCAUCCCAUUUCCUGUAUCUCUGAUCUUGUACUCUUCCGACUGAACGGUAUUUGGGUCUCUCUCAGGUGGAUCUGCUCCUUGGGCUCGCUGGAUCCAGAGAAAGUGAAAGGGAAGAUCGUGGUCUGCCAAUUGGGAAACGUCUCGAACGUGGAGAAAGGCCAGACAGUGCUCCUCGCCGGCGGUGUCGGGGUGAUCGUCACAAGCUCUGUCACCCUAUGGAACCAUGUCCCCGCCGAUCCUCACGUCCUCCCCGCCGUAGCGUUAUCAUAUGACAACAGCCUCAUCCUCUACAACUACAUCAACUCUUUCACGUAAGUAAUUCAGUAAAUCUUCCUUCCAACCCAUAGCCAUAAUGAAGCGCAAGCGAGAGUCACUGACCUUACUAGUACACCACGGUCCAAACCAUCCCCAAACCUAAUCUGUCUAAUCUGUCUUAACUUUUUCGAUCGCUCGACGUGGCGUACAAUUGAGAACUCGCAAGCCACACCAAAAACCCAACGAUCCAACUUUAGAGGACUCGAAGUACUGAUCUACACCAACAAUGAACUAGGUCAGCUAGAAUCAACACUAGAAGUCCGGAAUCAAGUUGGAAAAUCUUUGUUAAACAUGAGAAAACUCCCCUUUUCCUUCAUUUCAUCAAUAUUCUAUGUUAUUUCAGUAUUAAUAAUAUUCUUUCUAUUUUUUAACGCUCAAGGUCCUUUUAGUUUGCAGUCGAUUUGCAAAGCCCUAGUUUCAAACUGCAGCUAGAUUUGUUUCGCCAAUUAAAUUGAAGCCUUAACAUUUACCCUACGGAGUUUGACUAGAUUGUUUCUUCAAAAGAUAGGAUCGAUCCGUUGACUUUGUUUCAGGAACCCUGUCGCCGGCAUCAUUGCACCUACUACGGUGGUGGGCACCAAGCCGGCGCCUUUCAUGGCCUACUUCUCAUCUCGAGGACCCAACUCUGUCGACCCAGAGAUCCUUAAGGUUCUUUCUCACUCUCUCUCUCCUCCCUCCUACCAGGACCUUCCGCAGAACUGAUGAAAUGGCCAUUGCUAAGCGAAUUUCCCGGCUCUGAUCGGUAUUGAAUGGCCUACAGCCGGAUAUCACUGCUCCAGGGGUGAGCGUUCUCGCUGCAUAUACGGAGGCAGUCGGACCAUCUGAUGACUCCUUCGACAACCGCCGGGUUCGAUUCAAUAUUAUGUCGGGAACGUCGAUGUCGUGUCCUCACAUCUCCGGAGUUGCUGGCCUCCUCAAAACACUGCACCCCGACUGGAGCCCGGCGGCGAUCAAGUCCGCCAUCAUGAAUACGGGUGAGUUUCGAGUCGGCGCUGAAAGAAAGGCUACCCAAUUUUUCAACGACUAAUACUGAUCCAUUGCUGUCUACUGGUAUGCAGCAACGACCAAAGAUAACCUGGGGCAGCCCAUACUCGACUCGUUCUUCUUGACGGCCACCCCGUUCAGCUAUGGAAGUGGGCACGUCCGCCCGAACCUCGCCAUGGAUCCCGGCCUUGUCUACGACCUCACAGUCGAGGACUACCUCCACUUUCUCUGCGCCCACGGGUACACCUCCGGACAGGUUGCCACCUUAUACGGGGCACCCUUCGCGUGUCCGCUGAUUGCUCCCCGGGUUCUCGACCUCAACUACCCCUCCAUCAGCGUACCACGGCUUUCCGCUCCCACGAUCGUCACUAGGAAGGUGAAGAACGUCGGCUCGCCGGGCACGUACACGGCACAGGUGACUGCGCCACCCGGCACCUUGGUAAAGGUGACCCCGGCAACCCUUGUCUUCAGCAAGUACGGCCAGGAGGAGGCCUUCAAGGUCACAGUAGAAGCGGUGGCCGGCGCUCAGGCCAGCAUAUAUGUCUAUGGGUUUCUAACAUGGUCAGACGGCGUUCACAACGUCAGUAGCCCCAUUGUCGUCGGCAUCGUAUGA